UCUCUCUCUCACACACUCACAAACCCCUCCUUGCUUUGCACCAGCCCAGUUGUCUUCAUCUGCUCUCUGCCAGACUCCAGGAUAAGAAGUCAGUUAAACACUUGAAUUAGUAGCUACUGCUUCACUCACCUGAAACUUUGAGGCUGUUUUAACGAGUGAAAGAGAGCACCACAGUUUUUGGUGUAGCUUUUUAUCCCCCUCUGGACAAAAGUACCUUUAUCCUGACGGUUAUUUUGUGAGGUUUUCUUAUCUUGACGGAGGCGAGCGGCGCCAAAUCUGCGUCUGAAAAGGUGAGGAUGCUGCGGCACAUAGUCGUUUGAAAUCUCUGAAUUCUGGCCAGGAAAACGAAGAAGACAAAAAGGAUAAAACAAAAACAGAUGAGAAAGUUUCCAGUUUACGGAUGGUCAGACAGAGGAGACGCAAGGGGCGUAACAAGAGGUGUAUGUUGCCUCUCGCUGUAGUUUCCCUGCCAUUACCAUGAGUUGGAGUUUCCUGACUCGCCUGUUGGAAGAAAUCCACAACCAUUCCACAUUUGUGGGCAAGAUCUGGCUCACCGUCCUCAUUGUUUUCCGCAUUGUACUGACGGCUGUAGGAGGUGAGUCCAUCUACUAUGAUGAGCAGAGCAAGUUUGUCUGCAACACAGGCCAGCCGGGCUGUGAGAACAUCUGCUACGACGCCUUCGCUCCACUCUCACACGUCCGCUUCUGGGUCUUUCAAAUCAUUCUGGUGGCCACACCGUCGCUCAUGUAUCUGGGCUACGCUGUCAACAAAAUCGCUCGGGUGGAGGAGCAGGCAGACGGUGGAGGAGUGAGUGGUGUGUCCCGGAGAAAACCCAAGAAGCAGUAUCUGAAAGGCAGAAAGCAGCACAGGGGCAUUGAAGAGGCUCAGGAUGACCAAGAGAAAGACCCAAUGAUCUAUGAAAUGGCAAAAGUGGAGAGUGAUGGUGGUGGAGCGGCAAAAGGAGGCAGUGAUGAAGGACAAGUAAAAGUUAAGGUGCGCCACGAUGGGCGCCGGCGUAUCAAAGAAGAUGGCCUGAUGCGCAUUUAUGUCCUUCAGCUCUUGGCACGCUCCGUGCUGGAGGUAGCGUUCUUGUGCGGGCAGUAUGCCCUGUAUGGAUUUGCGGUGCCCGCCACCUACAUGUGCUCAACCCUGCCCUGCCCUCACAAGGUGGACUGCUUUGUGUCACGGCCCACUGAGAAAACUAUCUUUCUCCUCAUCAUGUACACGGUCUCCUUUCUCUGUCUGUUAGUCAAUAUAUGGGAGAUGCUUCAUCUGGGCAUAGGUACCAUCUGUGAGAUCGUACGCUCCCAACAGGUGCAGUUCUCUGACAAUGAGCUGUAUGGACUGACAAAGGGACCAGGCGCUCUUAAUGAGGCAGGACUGAGCGGAGAGGAUUACAGCAGCUACCCUUUUUCUUGGAAUGCACCAUCAGCUCCACCAGGGUACAACAUCGCUAUCAAGCCUCUCCUGGUAUCUAAGGGGCCCCAUGACCAACCACUACCCAUUACUGAUCUCACUAAUGCCAAGAUAGCAUGCCGGCAAAACCACGUGAACAUUGCCCAAGAGGAGCGCCAGCAGUACACCAAUAAUGAGGACAACCUGUGCAGAGCAGGGAUAGGAGAUGCCCCCGGAGGUAGUCUUAGAGACAAUCGCCAGCCUCAGAACAGGCUGGAGGCUGACAAUCAGGCCUACAGCCAGCAGCAGAGCCACAGUAAUAACCACAGCAGGUCUAACCGUGACCGUAAACACCGGCAGACCUCCAGACACGCCUCAAGCAAGGCAGACGCAGACAGAGGCAGCAGCAGCACCACCGGUAGUAGCUACAAAUAUGGAGAGAUAAAGGGCUCUGAGUGGAUCUGAAAUACAGACUUCUCGGACAGACACAAUAUCUAAGUUUGUAUGU